UAGUCCAAUCAGAAAAGGUAUUAGCCACGCCGAGUCAAUAUUCGCUCUCUUUCCUUGCAGAUAUAUAAAUACUCGAUCCUCAUCCCUAUGAAUCCACUUGUUUCCUUCGAUCCAAAACGAGCUAUCCAUUAGAGAGAAUCCGAGAGGUUGAGACGCAGAACACUCGUUCAUGUAUGACAACGAUUGAUUCUUCCUCCGCCGCAGAAUCGAGCAUGGACAAAAGCUCCAAUGACCACCAGCUUCGUUUCCAUGACGAGAAGAAGAACGGCACCUACAACGAACGACGUGGCUGCGGUGGUAACGGAUUUGGAGAUGGCGACGAUGUGAACUGCGACGACGAUGCCGAGGGAGGUGACAUGGGGGCAUGGGAGACUUUAAGUAAGAGUUUUCGUCAGGUCCAGACGGUCUUGGAUCAAAAUCGGGCUUUGAUUCAACAGGUUAACGAGAAUCACCAGUCCAAGAUUCCAGAUAAUCUUACAAAGAAUGUUGCCCUAAUUCGGGAGAUUAAUGGGAAUAUCUCCAAGGUCAUCUCGCUCUACUCUGAUCUCUCUACUAAUUUCACCAAUAUCGUUCAUCAGCGCCGCGGAAUGACCUCCAAGAACAAUGGCAACGCCAACAGCAACAAUAGCAAGGGGGAAUAUGCGAAGGCAUGAAGCGAUCUCAGUAGUUCCAGUUCCCCCACUAUUUCCUAUCGUAAAGUUGGUCAUGUUAAGCAUUCUUCAGCGGUCAGUACUUGCUUCUCGUUAAUUUAGUCGGGCUGGUCGUGUCUGCGUCCAAAGGAAAUAAAAUUUAAGUGGUCUGUUUAAUGUGCCAGUGUGUCCUCGUCUAGUGCAGGUUAUAUGGAUUAGUCUCCUCAGUUUUUCUGAUCAUAAUUCUGCUAGUGAUUAUAUUGCUUAUGUGAUCAAGUGUCAGUGUGUCCUCGUCUAUUGCAGGUUUUAUGGAUUAGUCUCUUCAGUUGUCGUGGUCAUAAUUCUGCUAGUGAUUAUAUUGCUCAUGUGAUCAUGUUUUCUGUUGUCUUUUAAGGACUAUUGCUGUGUGGGCUUAGCAUCU